AAACAGAUUAAAGUAUGACUUUCCAGCUGAAAACUGAAGCUGGAUUCUUUGACCUGCACUGCUCUGUGGGUCUGACAGACUGGGACAUGGAUAAGGAGCUGAAACUGGCAACUACCACUGACCAAAUUUAUCACGAUGACAUAACGAAUGAUCCAUAUGUGGCCCAAAGACCCUCUGCAAGGGCCUCCAGAAGAAAGGAUGACUUUAUUUGGUAUGAUAAAACAUCAGAUACAUUUGUUAAACCAAACCUGUGGCUUUUGGUGAAUCCCAACAUUGCAUGUCCGCUCCAGUACAAUCACCAGUCUGAAUCGGUUGCCUCGGCCUCCAGCCGUCUGCCUCAGUUAGAGCCUGGAGAGAUGCAGGGUCCAUCUACAUCUGAGCCACGGAAAUGUCCCCAUCAGGAGGAACUAAUGUUCUCAAUUCCCCCAACUGAAUAUAUGAUAAAGGAGGAAGAGGUCUCCAGUCGACCAACCAGGACCAGACGCAAGGGGAGAAUCACAAAAGUUGUGGACCUGAAGUCCUUAAAACCGGGGUGCUGGCCUCGUCCACCAGUGAAUUAUUGCAUCCUUAUUUCUUUGGCACUAAAGAGCAGCCAAACUGGGAGCCUCAAAGUCCAGCAGAUUUACAACUUUACCAGAGAACACUUCCCCUUUUUCCAGACAGCUCCAGAUGGCUGGAAAAACACAAUCCGCCACAACUUGUGCUUCAGCAGCAGCUUCCGUAAAACCUGCAACCAGCUCUGCAAAGUGGGGAAGAGGAAGUCAUGUUUCUGGCACUUAACUCUGGACGGACAACGCCGGCUACAGGAUGAGAUUCACAUGUUGACUGGUGAAACCCUAAAGAUGCUAGAGAGGAGCAUGUCUAAACCAGAUGCGAUAUGGAGUUUACUUGAACAGUGACUGCAGCUGUAAAAGUUAUCAAUGCAUUUACAAGAAUAAAUAAUAAAACAUACAGAGA